AUUUCGUGAUAAUGUUCUUCGACCAAGAGCCUAUAUAAAAGCAGAUCACAUGUUCGAUCAUUUCGUAAGCGCGAGCCGAGCCACGCGCAUGGCGGACGUGGUGUCGGACCUGGUGCUGUCCUUCUUCUGCUGCUGCUUCUACGCUCCCGGCGACCUCCGUGGCGUCGGCGCGCACCACUACGGCAGCGCCCACGCCCACCCGACCGGCCGCCAUGCGGCGUGCCACCGCCGCGGCGCCGGCCGCCGGAGCAGGCCCGUGUCCCUGCAGACGGUGGAGCUCAAGGUGCGGAUGUGCUGCGAGGGCUGCGAGCGUGUGGUAAGACAAGCUCUCCAAAACCUCCGAGGAGUGGACAACGUGGAGGUGAACGUGCCCAUGGAGAAGGUGACGGUGACGGGGUACGUGGACCGGGCGAAGGUGCUGAACGAGGUGCGGCGGAGCGGGAAGAAGGCGGAGUUCUGGCCGAGCGGCGCCGCGCCGCUGUGGUUCACGUCCCCGAGGAGCUACUUCCGCGACGACCGCGGCUCGUACCGCCGCGACAGCUACAACUACCGCCGCCACGGGUACAGCGACGGCGACCGGCACGGGCGCAUGCGCGAGCCCGCCCGCGGCGCCGGCCCCGUCGGCAACAUGUUCAACGACGACGAUGUCAACGCCGCCUGCCGGAUCAUGUGAGAUGACGUGCUUCGGGCCUGGAUUUUGGAAAACUGUUUUACCUUUUUUUUUUUGUCAUGGGUUCAGCCCAGAUGAUGAUGGAUCCUGAGAUGAUUGAUCGAAAUGGUUGUAGAGCUUGUGGGCUUCUGUGGUUGUAAUGGUCCAUCACCUGGUUAUUCUUCAGGGCUUCAACGCAUCUCGCCGACGAGGUGCCCCUGGGAAAAAGACGACCAUGCACAUACAUUACCACUAUCUUUUUUUAAUAAUCAAUGAAAAGCAAACCCCAGCCGUUAAAAUCGUGU